UCUCAGUUUGAAUCGCAGUCGCAGUCUCAUUCGUUCCGCUUAGCUGUAUCGUAUCUGAACGAUCCGGUCCCGAUCCGGCAUGGGAAGUUUUCCAGCUCUACUUGUUGUUGUCGGCUCGCUGGCAUUGGGCGCGAAUGCUCAACUCCCGACAAUCAAUUGUGUGUCGCGAAUCCCGAGUGGCCGGGUCACCGGUCACUGCAUUUCGAUCCGGGAGUGUGACUACUUUAUGAGAAUCCUGCUAUCCAGCAAUCUCAGCCAGAGCGAUCGCAACCUGCUCCGUGAGAAUCAGUGCGGAGUGCGUGCCAACGACGUCCAGGUGUGCUGUCCUAGUACCGCCGGCUUGGGCGCCCUCAACCACCCACUUUUGCCCACGGAUUGCGGGAAGGUUAGUUGGCAGCGAUCGAAUGGCACAGAUACGCGAAUCCGGGAGUUUCCCUGGCUGGCGCUCAUUGAGUAUACGCGUGGCAAUCAGGAGAAGAUCCAUGCGUGUGGCGGAGUGCUGAUCAGUGAUCGCUAUGUGCUAACUGCGGCCCACUGUGUGGCACAGGCGGCGACCAACAAUCUGCAGAUCACAGCGGUUCGUCUGGGCGAAUGGGACACCAGCACGAAUCCGGACUGUCAGUACCAUCAGGACAGUAAGGUGGCGGAUUGCGCGCCGCCCUAUCAGGACAUAGCCAUCGAGGAGCUGCUGCCCCAUCCCCAGUACAAUCGCACCGACAGGACGCAGAUCAACGACAUUGCCUUGGUCCGGCUGGCAAGUCCUGCCCAGCUGAACGACUUUGUGCAACCCAUUUGCCUGCCCAACAAGCAGCUGCGAGCGGACGAGCUGGAGGGCCUGGUCACCGAGUUGGCCGGUUGGCAGGCUAGAUCCACGCCCAGGAUGCGCAAAAGCUAUGUGACCAUCAGUUCCAUUGAGGAGUGCCAGAGGAAGUACGCCAGCCAGCAAUUGCACAUACAGGCUUCCCAGCUCUGUGGCCUGACCAAUUCGCAGGAGUGCUACGGCAACGCCGGUGGACCACUGAUGCUGUUCAAGAACGAGGGCUAUCUGCUCGGUGGACUGGUGUCGUUUGGACCCAUUCCCUGUCCCAAUCCCGACUGGCCGGAUGUCUACACCAGGGUGGCGUCCUAUAUCGAUUGGAUUCAUGGCAGUCUCAAAGCAUAGAGUGAAGAAGAUACAUG